AAACAGAGAAGGAGAUCACAAUGGGAGGAUCAGAAUCAACAUCCCAAACUAAAACAUCAUCAGCAGAAUUUAAUAUACCAUGGAGGGAAACACCCUGGGACAAUAAAGAACUUUUGGAGAAAAACCUGAGGGAACUUAAGCUGAGCGAUUCAAAUGUUAAGUACAUCAGGAUCUUGCUGGCUGGAGAAGUGGGAGCAGGAAAAUCCAGCUUCAUCAACUCAGUCAAUAGUGUUUUUCAAAGAAGAAUCACAACAGAAGCUCUUGCUGAUUCAGUGUCUGGUACAAGUUUUACAAGAACAUACAGAACUUAUUACAUAAGAAAUGGAGAAUCAGUUCUGCCUUUUGUCUUCAAUGACAUCAUGGGCUUAGAAUCCGAAGACUCAAAUGGUGCAGAUCCAGAAGACAUUGCCAAAGCCCUUGAGGGUCUCCUUAGGGAAGGACACAAUUUCAAUCCAACUGAUUCUGCUAAAAAUUAUGACUGCAAAAGUGAUACAAGCCCUGAGGAUCUGACAUACUGUCUGGUCUACGUCAUAGCAGCUGACAAAGUAUCAAUGAUGACUAAAGAAGUCUUCAAAAAGAUGAAAUACAUUAGACAGAAGGCCAGCAGUCUGGAAAUUCCUCAGGCAGUCAUCAUGACGAGAGUGGAUGAAGCUUGCCCACUAGUGGAAAAAAACCUAAGAAAAAUCUACUCAAGCAAGAAGAUAAAAGAGAAGAUGCAGGAGUGCUCUAAUUCAGUUGGUGUCCCUGUGAGCCACAUCUUCCCUGUGAAGAACUACCAUGAGGAGAUUGAUACACAAAAUGACAUUGAUGUACUGAUCCUGAGGGCUCUAACACAGAUUGUGCAAAUUGCAGAUGAUCUUGUGAACAGAAGAAAAAGUGAUUCUGGAAAUUGUUAAUAUGAAUCUGACACGAGAGAAAGCAAAGACAAUUGUGGGAACUUGUAUUAAUAAAUGUUAAUUCUUCUCAUGCUGUGUAAUAUAUAACUGUAGCUUUAUACGCAAGGCUGAACUGCUUCCUAUGUUUCUGGUAAGAACUGAUAAACCAGUACAUGGAGCUCCAGGAACUGGAACGCAUGUCAACGCUAGAGCAGACAGGGAGGGUGAUAUAUGUACUUGAGAUUUCUGUUCUCAGCCACUUCUUUUCUCAUGGGCCACUUCUCAACUGACACUUGACUAGUAAGUGACAUUAAUAAAAAGACUCUUCA